CCUGCCCCCUCUUCCUGAAACAUGACAUACUUCGUAUGCCGGUGUUUUUUCACAAAUAACAUUUUUUUGAAGAAGUAUAAUCUUCAUGUUUCUUACCACGACAUCCAGCAGCUUGAACGGGAUUAUCUACAGGUACUCAGAAAACGUGGUUGUGAUACGGAAGAGAAAUUACAGGAGGUUCGAGAUGAAAUUGAAAGAGAAGUAGAUAGAAGAAAACGUCUUGGAGACGACAGUUUGAAAAGAAAAGAAAUAAUUUCGACCAAAUAUAGACCUCUACAUCCGGACAUUUACUGUUUAAAGGACGAAUAUUUAUCACCGGAAUUCUUGGACCUUGUUCGCUACUGUAAAUCAAACGAUACCGCAGACUAUAACGAAGUGUUUGGCAGAAUUAAUGUCUGUAAAGCUGAUCGAGUGUAUACAUUCCCGUUCUUCACGUCGGAGUUCUGUCACUUGUUUGUUGAUGAAAUGGAACACUUUGAAGCCAAUGAUUGUCCAAAGGGACGGCCAAACACAAUGAAUAAAUAUGGGGUACUGCUGAACGAGAUCGGAUUCGAUGAGAAUUUCUUGACGCCUCUGCGCGAGAACUACCUCACGCCUCUCACCUCCGUCCUGUUUCCGGAUUGGGGAGGGGGCAAUCUAGACUCCCAUAAGGCUUUCGUUGUCAAGUACAAAUUAGGCGAGGACACGGACCUUAAUUAUCACUAUGAUAACGCAGAAGUCACUUUAAAUGUUUCAAUGGGAAAAGAUUUUACUGGUGGUGAACUAUACUUUGGUGACAUGUUUGACCCUCGGAGUGCAUCCAAGCAGAACGCGAGAUUUACAGAGAACUCGCACGUGCCAACAAUAGCUCUGCUUCAUAGAGGGCGCCACAGACAUGGUGCAUGGCCAAUAACAAGUGGUGAACGAUAUAAUCUAAUUAUUUGGAUGCGAUCAUCGGAAGUGAGAAAUGCUUGUUGCCCAAUGUGUUACAACGAACCCGAUCUAAUUUCUACCAAGGGGUUUGGUGACGGAUUUACAAAAAAAGGAAACAUUGUUGAAGUUUGUACUGUUUAAUUAAUUAUAAGCUUAAUAGAAAGUAUUGCACUCAGUAUUGAAUAAGAAUGUAAGAUACAUUUAAACAGUCGAGGGUGUAUGAUGUACAUCACAAUGAUCAAGUAAUAACAUAAAACUGAAAGAAAGUCAAAUUAAACUGUAGAAACGAAUAUAUACGAACUAGCAAAACUGACAUCGAUAUAUGUGUUCUGCAGAUCGGCACGAUUAUCAUGGAUUUGAGAAAUGAGGCAAUACAGGGUUAUAUUGAUGCAGUAUAAAAGUACACCUGUACGGAAAAUGCUCCAAUAAUAUAAGAAAUAUGGUAUUCUUGUUAAUAAAAUGCCUGAUACAUGUC